GCGCACCAUCCUCCUCAUUACAGUCUACAAGUCAAGUCAGUCCGCACCGGGACUGAAAUCAUGAGCAGAGGGGAUGUGCAGACAGUGAGAGUGUCGCCUCAAUGGGCUUCUUUUGAGCAGAGGUGGACUGUGCGCUUUAGGUUUUUGUCCUGUCAUCACAAUGUGUGAGGGGGAGGACAUGUGGACAGGAUGCCAGUUCAUUUCCAUUGCAUACAAAAAGGACAGACAAGUUAUCAGCAUGAAUGAUCCAGGCAAGAAAAACUGACACCGAUGUUAAAUUCCACUCUGGAGGGAGGACCAUGGCGACAAGGAAGGGACUGUUCUUCUCACUGCUCCACUUCAUGGCAGAGUUCUGGCUCACUUCACAGCAAGUGCUCAGAAUUGGGGGCAUCUUUGAGACACUGGAGAAUGAGCCCAUUAGUGUUGAAGAACUGGCCUUUAAAUUUGCUGUAACCAACAUAAACAGAAAUCGGACGUUAAUGCCAAAUACCACAUUGACUUACGAUAUUCAGAGAAUAAACUUGUUUGAUAGCUUUGAGGCCUCAAGAAGAGCCUGUGACCAGUUGGCACUGGGUGUUGGGGCUGUGUUUGGCCCCUCUCACAGCUCAUCUGUCAGUGCAGUCCAGUCUAUUUGUAAUGCCCUGGAAGUCCCUCACAUCCAGACACGUUGGAAACACCCCUCAGUGGACAACAAAGACAGCUUCUACAUUAACAUUUAUCCUGAAUAUGCCUCCAUCAGUCGAGCGGUACUGGACAUAGUGCAGUUCUACAAGUGGAAGACGGUAACUGUUGUCUAUGAGGAUGCAACUGGGCUGAUUCGUUUGCAAGAACUAAUCAAAGCUCCAUCCAGAUACAGCAUUAAAAUUAAGAUUCGUCAGUUGCCGACAGGAAGUAAAGAUUCCCGCCCACUGUUGAAGGAGAUGAAGAAGGGGAAGGAGUAUUCUGCAAUUUUUGACUGCUCUUACCAAACAUUAGCAGAUGUUCUAAAGCAGAUUUUAUCAAUGGGAAUGAUGACGGAAUAUUACCAUUACUUCUUCACCACCUUGGACUUGUUUGCCCUUGAUCUGGAACCGUAUCGCUACAGUGGGGUCAACAUGACGGGUUUCCGGCUCCUUAACAUAGGGAACCCUCAGGUGGCUUCAGUAGUGGAAAGGUGGGCGAUGGAGCGACUGCAGGCCCCUUUCAAAAUGGAGACUGGGAUGAUGGAGGCCAUGAUGACAACUGAAGCAGCGCUGAUGUACGACGCCGUCUUCUUGGCAGCCACGGCCUCACAACGCGCCUCCCAGAUCACUGUCAGCUCCCUUCAGUGCCACCGACAUAAACCCUGGCGCUUUGGAUCACGCUUCAUGAGCCUCCUCAAAGACGCAGAAUGGAAUGGCCUGACGGGACAAAUAAUUAUAAACAAGACAGAUGGACUGCGGAAAGAAUUUGAUUUAGAUGUCAUCAGCCUAAAGGAGGAUGGCUUGGAGAAGACAAUCGCGGGCAACAACCGCCUGAAUAAAGUGUGGAAAAAGAUUGGGGUCUGGAAUUCUCAGACUGGCCUUAAUUUAAGUGAAACAACUAAAGACUCUUCCACAAAUGUCACUGAUUCAAUGGCAAACAGAACCCUCAUUGUCACUACUAUUCUGGAAAACCCUUACGUCAUGUAUAAGAAGUCUGAUAAGCCGCUGUCUGGCAAUGAUCGCUUUGAAGGCUACUGCUUAGACCUGCUCAAAGAGCUGUCCAACAUUUUGGGCUUCACCUAUGAAGUGAAACUGGUGUCUGAUGGCAAAUAUGGAGCUCAGAACGACAAAGGAGAGUGGAAUGGCAUGGUGCGAGAACUCAUUGAUAACGUGGCUGACCUUGCUGUGGCCCCCCUCACUAUCACAUAUGUUCGGGAAAAAGUGAUCGAUUUUUCUAAGCCCUUCAUGACUUUGGGGAUCAGCAUUCUCUACCACAAACCCAAUGGUACCAAUCCAGGAGUGUUCUCCUUUCUCAACCCUCUGUCUCCUGACAUCUGGAUGUAUGUGUUGCUGGCAUGCCUCGGUGUCAGCUGUGUGCUCUUUGUCAUUGCCAGGUUUACUCCAUAUGAGUGGUACAACCCUCACCCCUGCAAUCCCGACUCCGAUGUAGUUGAAAACAACUUCACUCUGAUAAACAGUGUCUGGUUUGGAGUUGGAGCACUUAUGCAGCAAGGAUCAGAACUGAUGCCUAAAGCCCUCUCCACAAGGAUAGUCGGUGGAAUCUGGUGGUUCUUCACGCUCAUCAUCAUCUCCUCGUACACUGCCAACCUGGCUGCCUUUCUCACCGUGGAGAGAAUGGACUCGCCAAUUGACUCAGCGGACGACUUGGCCAAGCAAACCAAAAUUGAAUACGGUGCUGUAAGAGAUGGCUCGACCAUGACCUUCUUUAAGAAAUCGAAGAUCUCAACAUAUGAGAAAAUGUGGGCAUUCAUGAGCAGCAGGAAAAACACUGCUUUGGUGAAAAACAAUCGGGAGGGGAUUCAGCGAGUCCUAACUACAGAUUACGCUCUUCUGAUGGAGUCAACCAGCAUUGAGUACAUCAGCCAGCGUAACUGCAACCUCACGCAGAUUGGAGGCUUGAUAGAUUCAAAGGGCUACGGGGUGGGAACGCCAAUUGGAUCCCCUUACCGAGACAAGGUGACCAUUGCCAUCUUGCAGCUGCAGGAAGAAGGGAAAUUGCACAUGAUGAAGGAAAAGUGGUGGAGGGGCAACGGCUGCCCGGAGGAGGACAGCAAAGAGGCCAGCGCACUGGGUGUGGAGAACAUUGGGGGUAUUUUUAUUGUGCUGGCAGCUGGACUUGUUCUCUCAGUUUUUGUUGCCAUUGGGGAGUUUAUUUACAAAUCCAGAAAAAACUUGGAUAUUGAGGAGGUGAGUGUCAGCCAGUGUGAAUGGCACAAUAAAUAUUAAUACCACAGUGGUUGCCGUCAACAACUCUUGACCCUAAAACACUUUGCAUCGUCAUUGUUGUCUUCAGAGGAAUCACUGGACCAACAAACGUUGAUGAGUGUGGAUGCACAGAACUGCAGUUGAACAAUCAAAAGUCCUUUUUAUUACAGAUUUUAAUGUUUUUAGUAGUUUCUAUGUAGAUCACAUGAACCUUUGAGUCUGAAUUGGAGGAAAACGUGAAACCCUUUUUUGAACUAUUAUUAUGAUGGCAGAUGGUGGUUGACUUCUCACAUCAUGACACUUGACCAUCUUGGCCUUGCUGUUUUUCAUAAUAAAUGAAUAACUUGUUUGCCGUGUUUAGUUUACAUACCCAACAAAUUAGUGUUGAGCAUGUUGUUAUCGAUGGAUAUUUUCAUAUUUAUAGCACACAGAAAUGGCAGUACUUCUUACUAUUUUUAUAUGUACACACUUUCAUAUUUCAAAACACUUUCUGAUUUAUGCGAUGACCGUUUUUUCCAGUUUGUUUAUGAGCAAGCAGCCCCUCAAUAUUUUUGUUCAACAAUUUGUACAACAAUGUACAUAUUUUUCUUUUUUUUAACCUUGGCUAAGGAAAUUCUGUUUUUGCUUGCAUUUGUUUGUCUGUUUCUAUGUGAGUUUUCAGGAUUACUGGAAAACUGAUGAACCGAUGUUUCUGAAAGCUGGUGGAGAAUCCACAAGGGGAAGAAUCCAGUACUUUUUGGUCAUGCUCUGAAUCUGGAGGCAGAAAUUAACUGUAAUUUUAAUAUCUGUGAUCAUUAGAGAUCAAUUUUGGAAGGUCAUCUGGAGCUGUUGUUGUUUUCGGCCCUUGAAGGAGGAAUGCAAGCUGAGUAGUACUGUCCUAGGAUGUAUUAUAUGAGGUUCAUGAACAUGCAUGUGCUGUGUAAGUUUUGUCAUGUUGGAUUUGUUUCAGAAUGACU